UACAGUUGCAUUGGUUUUGAAGCACUGGGAAGGCCCACAAAUUUUUAUGCGGUAAAAUGUUGCGUCUCGUGAUUUUAAGUUUGCUCAUUUGCGUUAGUCUGCAGUUGGCGUUCUCGGACCCUGUGACACUAAUAGCUGCAUCGAACCCAGCGCAUCCUUCCUUUGCUAAAACUCUUGCGAGAGCUUCAAGCGCCAAUUGUAUUGGAGGACUGAAACGACGUCGUACAACUCCAGCAACAACAACUACAACUACUACAACUACAACAACAACAACGGCAGCAACCACAACAUAAUGCUGAACAAAUUUUAAA